AUGGAGCAUCUCUGCAACUCCAUGUCUCAGAUGGACUGCCCUGAGAUUACCACACUUAUCAAUCAUAAAGAUAAUACCAAAAAGUCUGAUAAAACUCUGCAAGCAAUUCAGCGUGUAGGACAAGCUGUCAACUUGGCUGUUGGAAGAUUUGUUAAAGUAGGAGAAGCUAUAGCCAAUGAAAACAGGGAUUUGAAAGAAGAAAUAAAUAUUGCCUGUAUUGAAGCUAAACAAGCAGGAGAAACAAUUGCAGCACUUACUGAUGUAUCCAACAUGAAUUCAGAAUCUGAUGGCCAGGUCACGAUUUUUACAGACAAAACAGGAGUCAUAAAGGCUGCAAGACUACUUCUUUCUUCAGUGACAAAGGUGUUGUUGUUGGCAGACCGAGUAGUCAUUAAACAAAUAAUAACAUCACGCAGUAAGGUUCUCGCAACGAUGGAAAGACUAGAAAAAGUAAAUAGCUUUCAAGAGUUUGUCCAAAUUUUCAGUCAGUUUGGCAAUGAGAUGGUGGAGUUUGCACAUCUAACUGGAGAUAGACAGAAUGAUUUGAAAGAUGAAAAGAGAAAAGCAAGAAUGGCAGCAGCUAGGGCAGUUCUUGAAAAGGGUACAAUGAUGCUUCUAACUGCUUCAAAGACGUGUCUCAGGCAUCCAAACUGUGAAUCAGCCCAUAAAAACAAAGAAGGAGUGUUUGACCGAAUGAAAGUGGCGUUGGAUAAGGUCAUUGAGAUUGUGACUGACAGUAAGCCAAGUGGAGAGAUGGAUAUAUCAUCAAUCAGUAUAUUUACUGGCAUUAGAGAGUUCAAGCUGAAUAUUGAUGCUCUUCGGGAGAAUCCUUAUUUUCAUUCCCAAGAAAAUCUUUCUGGGACCUUGGAAAUCAUUUUGGAACGUACAGAGGACUUCACUGAUUCUGCCUAUACCAGCCAUGAGCACAGGGAACGCAUCUUGGAAUUGUCAACUCAGGCGAGAACAGAACUGCAGCAAUUCAUUUCUGUGUGGAUCCCAGCUCAAAGCAAGAAAACAAAAAGCAUUGCUGAAGAACUGGAACUCAGUAUUUUGAAAAUAAGUCACAGUCUCAAUGAACUUAAGAAAGAACUUCAUAGUACCGCCAUGCAGCUGGCAGCGGAUCUAUUAAAAUACCAUGCUGAUCAUGUGGUCUUAAAAGAAUUAAAACUUACUGGAGUAGAAGGAAAUUUAGAGGCUUUGGCUGAAUAUGCGAGUAAACUCUCUGAACAGAAAGAACAUCUCAUUGAGACCUGCCGAUUGUUAAGACAUGUAUCUGGGACAGAACCUCUUGAAAUAACAUGUAUACAUGCGGAAGAGACAUUUCAAGUGACUGGCCAACAGAUAAUUUCUGCUGCUGAGACAUUGACAUUGCAUCCAUCUAGCAAAAUUGCUAAGGAGAACCUAGAUGUAUUUUGUGAAGCUUGGGAAUCUCAAAUUAGUGACAUGUCAACACUGCUGAGAGAAAUCAAUGAUGUGUUUGAAGGAAGACGAGGAGAGAAGUAUGGCUACCUUUCACUACCAAAGCCAAUGUUUUUGUUAAGCAACGAAUUUCCAGGUAAUAACUUUUUUAACAUUUUUAAUAUUUCAUUUUAUUUUAGAGGGGAGGGGCCACUGAAAACUUCCCGUGAUUUAGUUCAUCACCUAGAGGAUUUUGCCACUGAGGGAUUGAAGGUUACUGCAAGUGCACAAGCCUUUUCAAAACAGCUGAAAGAUGAUGACAAGCUUAUGCUUCUCCUGGAAAUAAACAAGCUAAUUCCCCUGUGCCACCAGCUUCAGACAAUGACUAAGACAUCUGUGCAGAAUAAAGUGUUUUUAAAGGUUGAUAAAUGUAUUACGAAGACAAGAUUUAUGAUGGCUCUCUUGGUCCAACUUCUCUCACUUUGCUAUAAGCUGCUAAAGAAGUUUCAGAUUGAAAAUAACAAUUGGGUCUCGGUGACCAAUAAAGAUGCCAUGGACAGUAAAACUUGAGAAACUUUUGGUCCAGAUUCCUGGGAUUCUAUGUGGCAAAGAUGAAAUGUCUAAAAAAGAUGUUCCUUUAUACUUUCAGAAAUUCAUCCUUCCUAUAAAGAAAAUACUGGAAUCUUUUAUUUUUUUGGUCUUCAGAUUGUGACACUUUCUGACAACUAAUUAGUGCCAAGGUGUUUGCUAGAAUUCUAACUGCAAUGCAAUUUUAAAAUGGGGCUUUGCACUAGUAAUGUUCUUUAAAAGCUAAACCAAAUAUUCCAACUGUCUUAAUGACAUUUGAAUCCAAAGAAGCUAUUUUGAAUAUAUGCUGAACUUUGACAUUUAUGCUUUGUUUUCUUUAUUUAAGCUUAUCAUCUAGAACACUAUUUCAUCAGAAAAUGUACAGUGGUCUGGGGGAACACAGGGUUUUUUCAUCCCUCAGAGGAUGCCCUGUCACAGACCAUCCAUGGUAAUAGCAAGGCUGUUUUCUAACAUGUGUCACAUAAAAGGAUCAUCUGUGCAUCCCUCCUCUACUCUCAAUAACAAGUUAAUGGAAACUCCACAGAAUCUUCAGUAAACUUCUGGAAGUAACUGUCUUUGGGUUCUAGUAUAGCUGGCCAAUCUGCCCUAAUAGGGCUUCCUACUGGCUUAAAAAGGUUGUGAACCAUCCUCAGAAUGGCAGAUUAAAAAGGAAGAACUUUGGAACUGAGGCACUGUUUAUUCUGUAUACUCAUACAUUGUAUUUUAUAUAUAUGGCAUUGCAAUGUGCAUUAACAAAUAAAUGUCUUUGGUAUUUUUAA